AUGUACCCAAAUAUCAUUGUUGUUCAAAUUGAUGGUCACAAGUUUGGCUGUUUCUCAGAGAAGAAUGGAUUUGAGAAGCCGAAUUAUGAUAAAGCCUUGAACUUGAUGAAUGCUUGUGCUAUUAAGGUAAUACAGAACUUCUCUAAUGUUAUAUUUGUGUUUGGAUUUAAUGAUGAGUACAGUUUCGUUUUGAACAAGGAAACCACAUUUUACCAGAGACGAGCAAGGUCAUAUAAGCAAUCAAUACGAUACUUGUUUGUGGAAGCUGGUGUUUUCUGGAAAGUCAGAAAAGGAGGCAAAAGUGAUUCUGAAUGUGCUGUAAUCAACUCAAGUUUGAGAGUAAAAAUUGAAUUGUUUCCUCAGUAA